AUGGAUAUCCGUGCGCAUGAAGACGAUGUACGCAACUAUAUCACAGACCGUAUUCGUUUAUGGACACGAUUGAACGGGCUGUUGAGCGGCGCCUUCAGAGAAGAAGUCCUUGAGUUGUUGGUAACAGAGGGUCAAGGCAUACCGCUUCUUUUCGCGGAGCUCCAGGAAGCUCUAGCCUUUUCAACUGGUUUGCGUCAGAUCAGUGCUGAUGACCUGGUGGAUAAAGCGACGGUAAUGGACGCCCCCAAGUGCAAAUCACUAAUAUAUGCCUCGCCGCUCUCUCUAUCCUUUCGCCGAAAGAUGUACAUCCUGUAG